AUGUUGCCCGUCAACCACGCGGCCGCUAAACAGCCCCGCCCACAGCGCCUCAGUGAUUCGGACUACAUGGAGGACGCGGAAACGGAUGGGAGCGCCAUCAAUCUACACGAACAAGAACAGUUGGAAAUGUUUGCUUUUCAUGACACUAAUCGGCUCGUGCUCGCUCCCGUCUUUAGCUUCCACUGGCCGGCCCACUGCUCCCGCGUCAUCACAGGCACCUUGCUUGCUCAAGCCUUCCCUUCCUUCCCUUCGGACCACGUUCAAUCAUCUCUCAACUUUCGCGCGCGCGAAAUUGUAGGUAAUCUCACGGCAAUGCCUCCCAAAAGGUCCCUGGCCAAGGUCAGCACAGCAACUUCCAAAAAGCAAGCUGCUGCCACCGAAAGAAAAUCCAAGUCGACGCGAGCUUCGAAGCCCACCUCGAACUCUCCGGCCGACAAUUUGCCUAAUGGCACGACACCUAUUCGACUGCCGUCUAGCAAACGGAAGAGCGCUCCAGAAGCCGGUAAGGAGCGUCCAUUGAAGAAGACCAAAGUUCUGGCAGGUGCAGAAGCGCCUCGGUCUCCCCCACAUCUGAAUGAAGUUCCAACCCAAGUCCUCUCGAUUUUUCCCUUUGGCAACGGCGACAUGGGCGAGCUUGGCCUCGGACCCAGCACAACGGAAGCCCUCACACCUUGCGUCAACCCGUAUCUCGAUGCUAGCAGCGGUUCAUCACCGAAGCCCCGGGUCGUUCAGGUCGCAUGCGGGGGCAUGCACACUGUUGUCCUAACGUCGGACAAUGAGAUCAUCACCUGGGGUGUCAACGACAAUUGGGCCCUAGGACGGGAUACGGAGUGGGAUGGCGUGUGGCGGGAUGAGAAACAAGACUCGGGCGAUGAGGAAGAAGGCGAGCUAAACCCGCACGAGUCCAUUCCUGCUGUAGUCCCCGCGGCGAGCUUUCCCCCAGGCACUCGAUUUGUCCAGGUGGCCGCGGGCGAUAGCUGUAGCUUCGCGCUUACCAGUCAUGGCCUCGUCUAUGGAUGGGGUACGUUUCGGAACGCCUCGGGUGACGACGAGUUUGGCUAUGACUCCCGAGGACAACUCAUCGUGAAGCAGAAAACACCCACUUGCAUCGUUGGUCUGACAAAGAUUGUACAAAUCGCCUGCGGGGCGAACCACGCCUUGGCUCUCGAUGUCAAGGGAUCCGUGUGGGGAUGGGGUGCCCACGAACAAAAUCAACUCGGCCGCCGCCUCCUCCGCCGCCACCAAGAGCAUUUAAAGCCUCGCCUGGUCCAAGUCUGCCGCGGACGAGCCAAAUACAUCGCAUCCGGGGAGUACCACUCCUUUGCCAUUGAUCAUAAGGACAACGUCUGGGCCUGGGGACUGAAUAGCUUUGGCGAAGCUGGCUAUGCAAAGGAUGCUGGUGGCGACUCGGCCGUCCUACCAUACCCGAUGAUGAUACGCGACUUAUGCGGCAAGGGCGUCACCGUUCUUGCUGGCGGCGCCCACCAUUCUGCUGCUGUGACAAUGGACGGCAAAUGCCUAGUCUGGGGCCGAAUGGAUGGCGGACAGCUGGGUAUCCGUUUUACCACGGAGCAACUCGAGAACAAAGACCUGAUCCGGUAUGACGAGCGUGACAAGCCACGUAUUUGUCUUUGCCCAACCAUCAUCACAUCCAUUGGCGAUGCUGUUCAUGUUGCCUGUGGCACCGACCACACAAUCUUCGUUAACAAAGACGGCAUCGCCUAUACUACAGGAUUCGGGUCAUCAGGUCAACUUGGCCUUGGGUCGCAACGGGACGUCGAGGUUGCGCGACAGGUCCAACGCAAUGAUCUUUUUGAUACCGCCGUCACGUGGGCCGGUGCUGGUGGUCAGUUCUCCAUUCUUGCUGGGCCUGUCAAAAUCGAGUAG